UAUUACUUGCUGUGACGGUGCGUGACAGUAGGCAAGGGUUGUCGUGUGCACUGGCCCGAUACGAAAUUAAGCACACACACAAAACGCACAAACACGUAUAAACAUAUAAAUACACACAUAAAUUUAUAUUUAUAUAUGCAGAAUGGCUGAAGCAAAUACAGCCAAAGGGUCGCACGCACACGCACACGCAAACACUGAUGAUGCACGUAUAACACCAUCCAAGAUACUACGUUGUAAGCGUGGGGCGGAACCAUCACAUAUACAGAAAGCCAGUAUGUUGUUUAGUAAUGUAAACUUCCUGGAGGAGUUGGAAGAUCAAGUGGGCGCUACAGUGCAGAUGGUAUCCGCUGACGAUUAUUGUCACACUUGCGGUAU